UUAGGCUGACAGAGGUAGGUCGAUCGGAUGUAAGAGUUGUAGGAGAAGUCAUAGAUCCCAAUUUAAAUUCCAACUGUUCAAUUUGUGAGCAUUUUGAGGAGAGUUCUUUUUGGAGACGAUGUUUUUCGCUAAUUAAUUGGGCGGCAACUAAUCGCUGUCUCUGGCAGAGGGCAUUCUGAUGGGCAUAGCUAUCAAGAGCCUUUUUUAAUUCCUUUUGAAGACAUUUAUUUUGAUUCCGUUCAUUUUCCAACUCAGCCUGCAAUUUUUCCCGCUCUUUUUCAAGCAUAGCCACAACAUCAUCUCCCUGAGCGGCAUCUCGUUCAAGCCUUUUUCUUUCCUCUUCAAAAGAAGCACAAAGUCCAGCAUAUCUCUUGUCAGCGGCUUGCAACUGUUCACGAUAAAAUGCGUAUGAACGCCGCUGAUUUUCAAUUAACAUAUCCAGAUUAAUAGCUUUGCCGCCAUGGAAAUCCUGAGGGGUAUUUCGAUUGGAUGGGAUAUUGUGUCCGUGUAUUAAGUUAGAAUCUCUCUGCAGAGCAAGAACAGGGUCAUCCAAAUCAAUAUCGAACGUCUUGUCAAUAAAAUAUCGAUGUCUCUUAGCAUCAUCGACAAGAAGAAAAUUUUGUUCACACUGUAAAGAAGCGAUAAUAAUAUCUCUUGCUUCAAUGCCGGCUUGUAAGCCAGCAAGCAUCUGUACAAGUUCCUCGUGGUUAAGCUAUUUAUAA